AUGACUUCCAGACGGCUUGCUGAAUUCAUACGUGCUCGAUACGACGUUGAAGCUGAUGACGUCAGUGGACUCUGUGCGAAAUGUCAUGCGUUUGAACGUCGACAAAUGAAAGACGACGAAGACAUGGAAUACGAGGCGUGUACCAGUUCAAAUGAUGAAAUGUCCAACGAAGAUGAACGGGAGCAAGAGAAGGAAGAAGAGGAAGAGCAAGAAGAAGAAGAAGAGCAAGAGGAAGAAGAAGAUAACCAUGAUGACGACAUGGACGGUCAAGAAGAAGACAGUAGCGAAGAUUCGCUACUUGAGCUUACCCACAAUCAACAAGAAGCUAUGGAAAUAUCUCGUGUUACUCCGAUUCGUCGUCAAAUUGAUCAGGUCUACACAACUCUUCAUCAACUUUGCAAUGUCCUCGAAGCAAUACCUCCCUGUUCGACACAAGCCAAUCCUCAUGAACUUUCGAUUGAAGAAUCGAACGAAUUACUCACGGGCCUCAAGAAAUUCUUCGAUGAAAGUAGUGUAGCUGAGCAGAUUCGUUUGAUGACGAUUGCCCCAAAAGCAUGGGGCCGCAAGAAAACUGAACGAUGGUUUCGGUCACAUGAGCGUCAGGCGCGUCGAGCGGUUCAGAUGCGUGACAGCAAUCAUGUUCUUGUAUCGCCUCAAUACUUUCGUGGAAACAAGUCAAUCACUGCAGAAGCAAUCACUGCCGUUAUCGAAUUCUACCAGGAAGACGGUAUCAAUGCCGCAUGGACGUUUACGGCCACCGGUCACGGUAAAGGUGCCGGAGAUGGCGUCGGUGCUUUUCUGAAGUCCACGGCGAGACGAGCAACUCUAUCGAAAGGUGUUCGUCUGUCGUCACCGACAGAACUUUUCGACUUCCUGAAGAAGCAACAACUUGAAACAGCUGAGGCAAGCGCUCAAGCAAAUCCGACUGUCACUCUGCUAUUCCUCGAAGCCAGUGAAGUCGAGAGAGUUAAAACUCGUGUCAUCAAUCCUAGAACUGACAAACUCAAGUCUACAGCACUCAUCGCAUUUACUGCCAUCUUUCUGCAAGGAGCAGCCAAUGAUUCCGAGGCACGGUGCUAUACCGAUAUCAGUGGCAUCUAUAUUCGAAAAUACCUCGGUAAUGCAGAGAGUACCUAUGGUCUCACCUACUAUCUCACGCGCGGUGGUGUACUACAAUUUGACUCAGGUGAAAAACAGAACGUAGGUGCCUACUAUAGUGAUGUGGCUGGAACUUACCAUUGCCAAAAUGAUCGACACGGUCGAGUUGCAAAUCUGUCUACGGAGGGUUUCCGUUAUAGACAGCGGGGAAACAAUUUGACGAUCGACUUGCUUAAAUUUUCAGUCAUAUGUACAGGUGCAAUCGAUGCUUGUUCAGACAGGCCGGUGACGUGUACCGAUGGGCAAGUGAUAAGCCGAUCGUAUCUAGCGGACAUACCCAAUGCAAAGACUGGCGAAUUUGAACGUCCAGUUCCAAAUUCAAUGACCAUUCGGCGCUACAGUUCAGUUCGUCUUUAUACCCAUCCAGUAGUGACAAAUGCUGAUCAGGAUCGCUGCUACACGGACAUGAGCGGACUUUAUGUGGAAAAAUAUGAGGAUGGCUCCUUUGAUGUGACAGCAUACGGAAGCUUUGGCUACUUUUUUUCGAUCAACUCUGCAGAACAAAACCCAAACGGUACUUAUAGCUCGGGCUCAUCCGUAGGUGAGUGGUUUUGUAACAAUAAAGGAUCGCGUUCUGGUCGAUACAAUUAUUUUACUUAUGCGGAAACGACUGCCGAACAGAGAUUGAUGGACGGCACCUUCUCGCAGCAAUGCACAAACGACGAGUAUUCCACCUGUACUGGAACAAUUUAUGAAGUUCCAUAUCCCCUGCAAUAUCAACGACCACCGUUCAGAGAUGGUCGAUACGACGAACACGAUGCGGGUGGCACGAAAGAAGUGACCAGUCCCGCAGCUCACAGGGGUAUAUGGGAUGGUGCGGGUGCCACGAUAUCUUGA